AUGUCUGGAUCCGGUGCCACCUGGGAGGGCCUGAUAGGACCCAUGCUGCCAGCCCAGUUUGCUCGGGUGACAUCACUGUCAGCGCCAGGUGUUGCUCUCAUGACCGGAGACUGGAGACCCCACUCAACAUCAGAGAAGCGGUUGUCCAGGAGAAGAGCGUCAUGCGCUGCGACAUUGGUGCUGCAUACAUUGCAGGAAACAACCCAGGAGAAACACACAGAGCAGGAGAUGGUAGAGGUCCCCAUGGAGGAAGAGGAUGUUGACCCUAAAGACAAGCGUCCUGUAGCUUCCACCCCUGUUCCCGGAUCUCCAUGGUGUGUGGUGUGGACGGGGGACGACAGAGUAUUUUUCUUCAACCCAACGAUACAGCUCUCUGUUUGGGAUCAGCCAGUAGAUCUGAAGGACCGCGGAGAGGAUCUCAACAGGAUUAUAGAAGAUCCUCCACAUAAACGCAAAAAGGAUUCUUCGUCCACAGAGGACGGUUCUAACUCUCCGUCUGCUGAUGACGAUGAUGCUGAUGAUGAAGAUGAACAUUAUUCAAAAACCAAGAGGAACAAACUGGAGGAACCUGCGGAUGGUAAUGAGGACCUGAGAGAGAGGGCAGGCGCAGAGACAUGUGACUCCCCCCCCCAUCGGACUGUUCUACCCUUAGGGCUCCGCAUCACACACUUCAGGGACAUGCUCCUUGAAAGAGGGGUUUCAGCGUUUUCCACAUGGGAGAAAGAACUGCACAAGAUCGUGUUUGAUCCACGGUAUCUUCUGCUAAACUCCGCAGAGGAGAGGAAACAGGUGUUUGAGCAGUUUGUCAAAGUGAGGAUGAAGGAAGAACACAAGGAGAAACAGAGCAAACUGCUGCAAGCAAAAGACCAGUAUAGAAAACUUCUAGAAGAGUCAAAAAUCACAUCCAGGUCAACUUUCAAAGACUUUUCUGUUAAGUACGGCCGUGACCAGCGCUUCAAGCAAGUGCUGAAGAAGAAAGACCAAGAGCACUUCUUCAACCAAUUCAUUAAUGGGUUAAAGAAGAGAGAUAAAGAGAACCGCAUGAGGCUGAGGAAGAUGAGAUGA